UCUGGGCUCGAGUGUGCGGCCGCGGGCGGGCGGGCGCGGGCAGGUGCGCGCUGCGGCUCCCCGCUGCCCCCCUCCGCAGGCGGCGACGAACCGGAUGCCUUUGGCGGGCAGAAGAUGUGUCAUGGGAAGCAGGCGAGCGGCGGCGGUGCCCUCCCGGCGGCGCAGCGGCGGGCGCUGGCCGCGACGCUGUGGCUGCAGCUGGCUCUGAGCCUCGGCCCGAGGCCGGUGGCGGGCGGAUUUGAUGACUUGCACGCUUGUGCUGAUCCUGGAGCUCCUGAGCAUGGCUACAAGACACCCAGUGCAGGAGUGUUCUUUGAGAGCGUGGUAGUCCGCUUUCAUUGCCAAGAAGGAUACAGGCUCAAUGGUACUUCAAAAAAGCUGUGUGUGAGACACUUUAAUGGCUCCCUGAGCUGGAAACCAAGUGAUAAACCUGUGUGCCUACAAGAAGUCACAGAUUGCCUUGCUCCACAUGUUGAAGAUGCAGAGAUUGCUAACAAGACAUACAGGAGUGGCGAUAAAUUAAUAAUCAGCUGUCAUGAAGGAUUCCAGAUCCGUUACCCUGACUUAGACAACAUGGUUUCAAUAUGUCAAGACGAUGGAACAUGGGAUAAUCUGCCCAUUUGUCAAGGUUGCCUGAGGCCAUUGGUUCUUCCUCAUAGUUACAUUAACGUAUCUGAGUUCGAGUCCUCCUUCCCUGUAGGAACAGUGGUGUAUUACCAAUGCUUUCCUGGAUAUAAGCUAGAAGGGGCAGAGUUCCUUGAGUGCAUGUAUAACCUUAUCUGGUCAGAUAGCCCACCUAGGUGCCUUGAUGUGGAAGUUUGUCCACUACCUCCAAUGGUGAGCCAUGGAGACUACAUCUGCCACCCACGGCCCUGCGAGCGUUACAACCAUGGGACGGUGGUGGAGUUUUACUGUGAUCCUGGGUACACCCUCACCAACGACUACAAGUACAUCACCUGUCAGUAUGGAGAGUGGUUUCCCUCCUACCAGGUGUACUGUGUCAAAACAGAACAGACCUGGCCAAGCACCCAGGAGACCCUCCUGACUACGUGGAAAAUAGUGGCAUUCACUGCUACCAGUGUUUUAUUAGUACUGCUGCUGGUGAUUUUAGCCAGGAUGUUCCAGACCAAAUUUAAGACACAUUUCCUUCCAAGAGGCAACCAGGAAGGCUCCAUGGGUGACCCUGACUUCGUGGUGGUGGAUGGUGUUCCUGUCAUGCUGCCUUCCUACGAUGAAGCUGUAAGCAGCGGCUUGAAUGCUUUGGCACCUGGAUACUCAGCUGCCACAGAUCAGGGGCAUCUUUUGCAGGCAGAAGAUCAGAAUCCUCCCGCUUACCCUGGCCCCAGGAUUGCAGACAUGCUGCCUAGUGAAUAUGAGACCUGUGACAGUAGGUCAGGCUCCUCUGAACUGCUCCAGAGUUUGUACUCACCCCCAGCAGGCCAAGUGGCAGCGCUUGCUGGUUCAGAUCGAACUGACAUAUCCUGCAGCACUGCCACGGAGGCUGUGUCCACCAGUCCACAGAUCGAUAUUGCAGAUGAUUCCUUUGAUGGAAGAAGCCCCUUAGCCCGCACAGAGACUGCUCUUUGUCGCACUGCACUCUUGGGUGACACAAAUCAUGAGGAUUUAGAGAUAGAAAAGACUAUCUGUGGCUUCGGGGAGAGUAUUUUCCUACUUAGCGAUCUUCCUCGCCGCCCCAUCACCGGGCUGGGCGAAGACUUAGUCCGCGGCGAGGACAACAGCGACAGCGUUCGGCACCGCAGCGGUUUUAUGAAUGAAUCCUGGGGAUUUGCUGAGAGCAGAGGUAGAAGAAGAACAGUGGCUUCUAAAGAAAUGAAAUGUGUAUCUGCGUCGCAGAAAGUCAUGUGUAAAGAACUGCUAUCGGAUUUUGAUCCUAGCUGCCUCACAAAAAAAAGCAUGUCCAAGUAUGUAAAGCUGCUUAGAAAGACUGCUUCAGAUGAUCUACGGACCUCUAGUUUAUGAAGAAUCCUUAGAGGGUUAAAAGCAAAGAAAAAUACAAGUACUGAAAUGCACACAUAGGGGGAAUAAAAAGAGGAAAGAUCUUCUUUCCUGUGAUAAGUAGGAAAAUGUCAUCUCCUGCUCCCAAACUCCUGGAUGCUGCAUGGCAGGUUCAGGAUGGCUUUUUCCAGAGCUCCCAGAUGCUGUGUGGCAGGUUCAGGGUGCCCCCCUCCCCAUCUCAACAUCACUUAUAGAGGUGUCCUUCUGGAUUGCUACAGGUGGCCUUGAUUUCUUCAGGACCAGCUGGUUCUGGUUGGGUCAGUGAGACUCUCUUGAAAGCAAUGAGCCUAAAGUUUGUCCAGUUCUGGGGUUGCUUUUGUUGAUGUUAUCUUCUUUUCCUCUUAGCUUUCUUAGGUGUGCCAAUAUUGAGUCAAACGAAGCACAUGGCUCUCUGAGCACUGAGGCUUCUGGAGCUUCCCUGUCCAUUUGUGGUCAUCUUGCUCAAGUGUGAUGGUUGGUCUCCUGUGAAAGCUAACAGAAGGUUGUCCUCCAGAUAUGGCUUAGUAGCAGUGGUGGGAUUGUGAGCUUGAGGCAAGACUUGCUGAUCUCAAAGGUCUCUUCCAGCCUCAACAGAUCUGUGGUUCCAUGAUUUUGUUUCAGACCAUGUCUGCAGAAAAUAGAACAGGAACAAUGGGAUUCAUAUAUGUAUGAUAGCAAAUAUAUAUAAAUAUAUAUAGAUAUAUAUUUAAAACCUCUUAAAGAGAAAGAUAAAGGAAAGACUUCCAGGUCAGGUAAUGAUCUGGAGAUUUUUUUUUUUUUAAAGGUAAAGCAGAAUUUAUAUCCUAGACAAUAUUGAAGGUAAAGUAUUGAUCUUUGUAUUUAUGCAAGACUUCUGUGACUACAUUGCAUUUGAUAAAUCCAGCUAUGAGAAAGCUAGAAAAUGUUAAAACUAUGAACUGUGUGCUUAAGAAAUGUUGAACUGCCAUGCUUCAACCUUUCUUGGGCUCUUACAAAUACAUAUAUAUAUAUAUAUAUACACACAUGAGUAAUCUACAGUCAUAGCCCAGAGCACUGCCUUGUCCUUGUACCUUCUGGUAGUAUUCUGAGCCAUUAUUGUAGAAUACUUAAAAAAAAAAACAAUAAUAAAGUUCAGUUUUGGUUCUUUUGACUUAA